AUGGAUGAUUUACUACGAAAUUCAUCAUCAAUAUCAACGUCUACUCCUAUCACACAUGAAGUACAUUGGGAAGGUUAUGUACGUAAGAAAGGAGACUGGUUACCACGCUGGGAAGAACGAUAUUUGAUUUUAGAUGGGGCUACACUCACUUAUUACAAUUCAAAGGAAGAAGCUCGAAGUGCACGUAAUUUACGGGGUCGUAUGAUCAUUAAUAAAGUUCGACCGGAAAAUUACGGCAAAGCCCAUGGCUUUCUCUUGGAGACUCAGGGUCAUAAAUAUUUUCAUUUAUGCUGUUCGACCGAGCUAGAAAAAGACAUGUGGGUUGAAAUGAUGCAAGCUGCUAUUGAAGAAGGAGUACGACAUGAUGCUCAUAAUAGUCUUUCGAUCGAAGGGAUUGAGGCAUUGCAGAUGCAGACAUCUCCGACUCAAGUAGACCUUCGAGGUUUUUAUUUUGCUUUUCGCCAACUGCUCAUCUCACACUCGUCGUCACCACAGUUUUUCCCGAAACUCUCACGAGACGUUGUACUUACGUCUAAUUACGCACCUACCGUGCCUUUCUGGGGCGAAUAUCAUGGACUUGAUGGUGUACUGCACUUUUUUUCCAUCUUGUACGAGACGGUGGAGAUUACAGCCUUUUUCGUGACCGAUAUUGCUCAAGCCAAAGAAGGGUCUACUGCUGUAGUGGCUGGACGGGAAACCAUGAAGAACAGAGACAAUGGGCGCAAGUUCACGCAGCAGUGGCAGCACACGAUUGAGUUUGCACCCGACGGACGGGUCAAGAAUUUGACCAUCUCGGCAGAUCCGAUUGCUGCCUCAGCGGUUUUUGGCUGCAGCGCUACGUCUAGUUUGUCGUUGCCUAUGGCUGCAGUUGUUGGCAACACGGUCCACGACAAUCCCGCAGGAAAAUUUCACGUCGUUGUGUUCCGCGGCGAGCAGAUUUCGGACCAGGGUUUCAUCGACGAUAUAGAGCAGAUAGAUGGAUUGGAGGCUGAUGACGAGAAGCAACCAUCGAACCGCCGUGUGUUUUUGGGGUUGCGUUUGGUGACAGAUGGCAAGAAUAAUGUGUAUGCACCGACCUCGUCCUCGAACUGCGUGGCACGGACACGGACAUGCGACCCGGAGGAAUCACGGGAUCCCAAGUGGAAUUCCAAGCACGAUAUUCCGUUUGCUGGAUCAUUGAGGGGUAAGCCUUGCUUCAUUCUGAUUGAAGCUUGGGAAGUCAUGGACAGCAAUGGAUCUGGGGAAGCCUCGGAACGUGUAGUUGGUGUUGCCAAGGUCAACCUUGCGCCGUUUCUGGCGCUGGCCAGUUCAUCGCGAACGGUCCGAGAGAGUGUUAUUCACUCGGAUAUUGCUCGUGGCGCCGUGCCGCAGUGGUACACCUUGUUGUCUGCAAGCGAGACAAAGUUUACUUGUGGGCGAGUACAGCUCAGCAUAAGUUUCGAAGCCUCCACGGCUUCCUUCGCUGCGAUGUCGCGCUCUAAUCUUGCAGUUGCACCGCGAAAUGGCAUUGAUGGGGACUCGCCUGGUUUGGAUUCGAAUGCGCCAACACCGCAGGUUUAUCCGUCAGGAGCAAUGGUGCAAUCGAUGAGCCACCGUGUUGCGUUAGCCCGCGGUUGCUCUUUUCGCGAUACAAAACGGGAUAAUCACCAAUUUCGGGUGGGCAAUACAAACUUCGACGUUCCGAAGCGCUAUCAAAUGAUCAAAGCUGUGGGCCAAGGCGCAUAUGGCUGUGUGAUUGCUGCUAGUGACACGGAAACGGGCCAAGCACUCGCCAUAAAGAAUAUUCCGAAUGCUUUCAACGAUCUCAUCGACGCAAAGCGCAUUCUUCGGGAGAUUCGCCUCAUGCGCCAUCUGAACCACCCAAACUUGGUGAAUUUGCUUGACCUGCUUCGUCCACCGACUCUGCAAGAGUUCAAUGACGUUUACAUUGUGACAGAUCUCAUGGAAACUGACCUGCAUCGUGUCAUUCACUCGAACCAAUCGAUCAGUGACGACCACGUGCAGUACUUCUUGUAUCAGAUGCUGGUUGCUAUCAACUACGUGCAUUCUGCUGAGGUGCUCCACCGCGAUUUGAAGCCAUCCAACAUUUUGGUCAAUUCAGAUUGCGACCUGAAGCUGUGUGAUUUCGGCCUCGCUCGUGGCAUUCAGGGUAUGGACUCAGGUCUCACCGAGUACGUCGUCACUCGCUGGUACCGCGCUCCAGAAUUGCUGCUUUCGUCGAAGUAUGACAAGCAAAUGGAUGUGUGGGCCAUUGGAUGUAUUCUGGCUGAGAUGCUUGGUCGGCGGCCUCUUUUCCCUGGCCAUGACUAUUUGCACCAGCUGAAGAUUAUUAUGGACGUUGUUGGCUCACCGUCAGAGAACUCGUUGGAUUUCAUUACUAACCCAAAAGCAAAGCGAUUCAUUUUGCGUCAGCCUAAAAAGCCGAAGGUGCCGCUCUCGUCCGUGUAUCCGCGUGCAACUCCACAAUGCCUCGAUUUGCUUGAGAAGAUGCUGGUAUUUGAUCCACGUAAGCGUAUUACGAUCCAGGAAGCCCUCGCACACCCUUACUUAAGCUUGGUGCGCGAUCGAUCUGUGGAAAAGACAUGCCCUUCGUCAUUUGAUUUUGCAUUCGAGAAUGCCGACUUGACCAAGCAGAAGCUGCAGGAACUCAUUUUUGAGGACGUGUGUACAUUCCACCCGGAUGCUCGUAUCUCUGAUCCGGUACUUUCAGUUGCCUCUGCUGCAGUGAGCGAUGCCUCGAGUCGAUCACAUAGCCUUUCUAGAGCUGACUCGACUUCAAGUACAAGGAGACCAAAAGCACCGGGCUCGGCCUCUUCUCCAGCUAUUGCAUCUGAUGCUGCUAAUGCUACAUCGGAGGCCAUGCCGCCCGCGCCGGUUUCUCUCAUGGCGUCGGCGAGCCUGCCAGUCCCAGUACAGAAUAUUUCAGCUGUAAAAGAGCCUGUUUCUGUUCGGCAAUCUCCAGCUAACGCGCGGUCGUCUUCAGUUGUAUUACUGGGUCCAAAUGUGACUCCUGGUCAUGAAUCCAGGGCUUCUGAAACUCUAGAUACUUCUGCAACACCGGAAGUAUCGUUAAGUCUAACGAAUGCAACGGGGUUGCAGAAUGCUGUGUCACCUCCGAUGCCAAAUGUAUUCGUCGAAACUAUGGAAGAAGAAUCAGUGUUGGCCUUUGUGGACGAACGAAGUUCCCAAGCAGAAUUUGCCAUCGAGAUCGUGCAGACGCCUGCUCGCACUGUCGAGGUAUCGGCAGAACCAGAAGGAUCAGCAGGAGCAGAACCAUCUGUUAAUGAUAUUGGAAGCGCCCCCAUUCACAAUGUAUCAGUAACAGACGCCACGGCCAUGGUCGAUGAGAGUGAAGCCACCGACCAUGACGCACCAAAUAGGACAAGCAGCAGUAGCAGUGGCAGUGAUGGCGAGGAUGCACUCGCAGAUGCACACGAGUCAGAGAGAGAAAUUGACCUAUCGACCUCGCCGAAGAAGCAAGUGCUGCAGCAACCCGAAUCUCUCCUUACGCCAUCGUCGGUGGUGUGA